CCUACGAACCAAAAGAGAGACACAUUGGUAAACAAACCCUAUUGCUCAACUUGUGGCAAGGAGUUUGGAUUGUUCACAUCAAAGAUUGCUUGUGAUCUUUGCUACAUCAACUAUUGCUCUGCUUGUAUCACAAAACUGUCUAGCAAGGACAUCACUGGUGUGCUCAGAGAAGGCCAAACAAAGAACUACUGUGUAGGCUGUCAAUUCAUUGUCACACGAGAAGAGAACAAUCGUCGAUAUGAAACACUGGUACUCAAAGCAAAGGAUGAACCUCUCUUUGUCAUCUACAUUGAAAUCACAUUGUUGAAAAGGGCAAUACACUCUGGAAUGCCAGGAUUCGAGUACCUGGCAUCAUCGAUCAGUGAUUUCACAACAGCAUCACCAAAGAACAGAGAGACAUUCCUUCAGGUCUACGAUGAGGUGAUGCGCAAUCAAGUAGAGUUGGCCACAUUGUUCAAAGACUUUGAUCGACUGGUCAAGGCAAUAGCCAACCUUCAAACCACAUCCAACUCCCAAGAGAUUGUAAAGGCCAACAUGAAACAUGUCUAUGUCAACUUCUUACAACAAUACCUUCCAAAGUUUAAGACCAUUCAAAGUCAAGUUCAACAUGUGGAAAUGAAUACUGCAACAAAUAUGUACAUGGUAUUAUGCAGGAACGUUCUGGAUAAUCAACUGAACGCAGAGUUCUGGGAUAAAUAUGGUGGAAUGUUCCAGAAUGCUGUUAGAGUAUGCAGGAAUGAUCUCUUCAAUGCUGCCAUCAAAUGUGGAGAGGAUUGGGAGAAGCACAAAUCAUUGAUUGACACUUCAAUUUGCCAGACCAAUAAGUCUUAUCUAAGUUUAGAUGGACAUCCAUCCAAAGAGUUAGAGGGAACAUUGGUCAGGAAGAAUGCAGGCACAAUCAAAAAGAUCUUGGAUCAAGUCAGUCUACGUGUCACUCCUGAGGAUCUGGUACAAUCGAGGAAGGUCUUACAAGAGUUGUAUUUAACAUUAUCCAGAGAGUAUGAAAGAGGUCUCGUAUUUUAA